AUGGGUAUUCAACCUGGCGCCUCACAUAGCGUUAUAACCUCAACCGAGUCGGACGACUGCUAUAUGCCGUGCGACGAACAAGGGGUUUGGAUCGGACCUCGCAGCGAUAAUGUCGAGGAUGCUGGUGCAGCGCUGAAGCGGUUUGAAGAUGAGCUGGCCGAAUUUGAGAGAUUAGGUGAAGCGAGAUGGGCGGCCACUGAUAACAGUGCACAUGUCAAGGUUAGUCUAAUCCUUCAGUCGUGGUACCACAGGGCUGCAGAAGCUGAUCAAAUAUUGUAA